CUACAUAGGUAUACAUAGGUCUACAUGAGCAUACAUAGGUCUACAUGAUCAUACAUAGAUCUACAUGAGCACACAUAGGUCUACAUAGGUAUACAUAGGUCUAGAUAAGCACACAUAGGUCUACAUGAGCAUACAUAGGUCUACAUGAGCAUACAUAGGUCUACAUAGCUAUACAUAGGUUUACAUGAGCAUACAUAGGUCUACAUGAUCACACAUAGGUCUACAUAGGUAUACAUAGGUCUACAUGAGUACAUAUAGGUCUAGAUAAGCACACAUAGGUCUACAUAAGUCUUUCUAAGUGCACCGCAUUUAGCAAUGCCAAAAUGUCAGUAUACACAGUGAGGCUACCAGCUACCUAAAUAACUCGCCUACUAUCGAUAACAGGAAAAAAUGCAUCAAACUAGUAACAUCAGACACUCUCCAUACCAAAUCAAUACAUUUUUUCCUCUCGUCAGUUAGUUCUUACAACCACCAUUUUUAAGUGCCUACAUCUUGAAGAAUUAUACCAUUUAAGCCAAGAAGCAUUGUUCCGAUGCUCCACGAGAAAUAUUCUGAUUAAAGCUGCGCGAGUCUGCGAGCAAAACGAAUGAUGAAUUCCAAGCAUGAUCAUACCACUCGGGCUGACUCAGAGCGUUGAUUCGUCAUCGAGCAAUCAGUAGCUCUCCAUCCAACGAACGCAUUUACACGUGAAAUUAAUUCUGGACGAAGCUACCUCACCUGGAUCGGAUUUACAUUAUUUCUUGCUGUCUAGCCGUUAACCCGACGAAUUUCCAUACUUUCUUGUCGACCCCACUCGAUAUAUAUCGAUCGCAUCCCCGGCCAACCGAGCAAAGUGCUCGGCUAGACGGAUCCCUUUGAACACCGAACGACAGACGGUGUUCUGUUGCCCUCAUAAAAAUGGAUCUCGUCGAGACGAGUAAUAAGAGAAGCCAAACACUCUGUUAUUCGUUGCCUUUUUACUGACGUUUCUUUCUUCCGACUCUUCUUUGCGUCACCACUGGACAAAGGUAAGAAGACAAACAUUCUUUAGGAUGGUCCUGUACCAAAACUUAUACGUUCAUCUCUGAGGCUGGCAAUUUGCGAAGUUCAAGAAUUACUACCUCAACAAUUAGUUGCAGUUUCAAAUUCCAAAAUGUACAAGCUUCUAAGCUUUUCAAAUCCUGCAUGAAAGUUUCAAUCUAAAAUUCCAAUCGAAAGUCUAUCAAAAUCCGUGGAGUUUAAAAAUUUCUAAGCCUCCCAAAACCUCCAUGAAACUUCCAAUCUAAAAUUGCAAUCGAAAGUCUAUAAAAAUCCGUGGAGUUUAAAAAUUUCUAAGCCUCCCAAAACCUCCAAUCUAAAAUUCCAAUCGAAAGUCCAUCAAAAUCCUUGGAGUUUAAAAAUUUCAAAACCUACAAGUUUGUAAGCUUCUCAAAACUUGCAUCAAACUUCCAAUCUAAAAUUCCAAUCGAAAGUCUAUCAAAAUCCUUGGAGUUUAAAAAUUUCUAAGCCUCCCAAAACCUCCAUGAAACUUCCAAUCUAAAAUUCGAAUCGAAAGUCUAUCAAAAUCCUUGGAGUUUAAAAAUUUCAAAACCUACAAAUUUCUAAGCUUCUCAAAACCUGCAUCGAACUUCCAAUCUAAAAUUCCAAUCGAAAGUCUAUCAAAAUCCUUGCAGUUUAAAAAUUCCAAAACCUACAAAUUUCUGAGUCUCCCAAAACCUCCACGAAACUUCCAAUCCAAAGUCUCUGAAAAUCCUGAUCUCCGAAGUGUGAAUAUCUGCAAAUCUAUCAGAGAUCCAAAGAAGCAAGAUGCAAAUAUUUGAAACGUUACGUAAAGAGAUAAAAAUAUUGCAUCAAGUAUCUACUGGAAUGACGAAACGAAAAAGGUAGGAAACAACGUAAGCUUCUUUUCCGUUGUAUAACAGAAGCGCUAGUCCCAUAGGCGUGCCAAUUGACGGAUUAAAGUAUUCAAUGCCUUUUGUGCCUGUGAAAUGAAUAGAAUUCCUAAAAAUUCAGAUGCUUAAAUCGGAUAAUAUCACGAAGUGUAAUUAAAUAAUGCAGUGUAUAAAUAUGAUAUAAGUGAGGUAUAAAAUACAAUACAUGAGACGAUUAAGUUUGUGUAAAUAUGACGGAAGAUUUAUGUAACAGAUGGAUUAAAUUAAUGGGAGAUGUUGCAUUCAAAGGAAUUCUGAACCUGAAGAAUGUCCAAGAAUACGGCGUCUGGUCGUGACAGCGAAACGGAGAACUGUGCGUCAUCCAUUCAACGAGAAAAAAGAAAUUUCAACGCGAAAAAGAGGCAGAACGGAGACGAAAAUGUCAUCAAAUUCCGCUGCGACUUCCCCUCGACGCAGGUUAAGGUGAUGCUGGCCAGAGGAUGGGUCCAGGUAACCGAUACCGAGGACACCAGUUGGUGUCUCUGGUGGUGCGAGAUCAACGACGUACGACAAGCCUUGGACUUAAAGCUCGCCUUCCAUCAAAAGAUACCCCACUUUCGCAAUCAUUACGAGCUGACGCGUAAGAACUAUCUGCACAGGAACCUGAAACGCUACAAGAAGUCGUUGCUCAAGUCGAAUAAAAUCGACGAGGCUGAACUUUGCGACUGCAUGCCGUUGACUUUUGAACUACCCAAUGAUUACAGACUGUUCGCAGAGGAGUAUCAUAAGCAACCUGGCGCUACGUGGAUUGUGAAACCCGCUGGGAGAUCGCAGGGAAGAGGUAUAUUCCUGUUCAGGAAGCUGAAGGACCUAGCAGAGUGGCGAAAUAAAGAAUACGGUCCCGAGCUGAUCGAGGCAAAUCGCGAUCAACCCGCAGUGGAGACGUUCAUCGUUCAGAAAUACGUGGAGAAUCCUUACCUCCUGGCAGGGAGGAAAUUCGACCUGCGUAUUUACACUCUAGUUACCUCUUUUCACCCUUUGAAAGUGUGGCUGGCCAGAGAGGGUUUCGCUCGUUUAUCCGCCGAGUUAUUCGAUCUGGAGAACAUCGACGACAGCAGGGUGCAUUUGACCAAUAUGGCGAUACAGUUGAAGAUACAGGGUGACGAGAAGAGGGAGGAGCUGAAGAAGGGUUGUAAAUGGGCCUUGAUCAAGGUCAGGGAGUUCCUCACUGCUAGACAUGGAAUCACCGAUGUUGAAGUGCUACUUCAACGAAUCGCUGGUGUGAUAAUGGCGAGUCUACUGGCAGUACAGCCGGUGAUAAUGCAAGGAAAGAACUCCUUCGAGCUGUACGGCUACGACAUACUUCUGGACGAAGAUCUAACACCCUGGUUGCUGGAGGUGAACGCCUCACCAGCCCUAACCGGUACCGACACCGAGGAUUAUCGACUGAAGUUCGACCUGCUAGACGACACGCUCAACAUCCUCGACUUCGAGGGUCGUUUCACGGGCCUGGAGACGAGAAUCGGUGGCUUCGAUCUUCUGUGGAGCGACGGCCCUGUCUGGACCACUUGUCCUAAUCCUGCUAUCUGCGGAGAACCACCCAACGACCUCAGGAAGCUCAAUAUUUUCCUUGGAGCUAAGAACGAUCGCGUUCAACAGCUACGUCAGCUGUUGGAUUAUUUGGAAGAGAAACGGAAUAGGGGACAGGGUAAUCGUGCUAGGAAAAUUAACUAACUCUGUUCAAUUCCAGAAUUUGAGACGCUUCGUACUUUUCAACAGUCUGUGUUCCAAUCAGAAUUAUUUUUAACGCUAAACCUACCGACAUCUAAUGUGUACUUAAUUUGAAGUUAAAAAAUAAAUAAGCAAA